UAAUCCGCGGACACCAAUGUGGCCAAUAUGUAUGUGAGGUGUAUGAAUGAUAUACAACUAAAUGUUUCUUUUUUACAUGAGGUAUUGUGUAUGAGUGUAAAAUGUAUUUCUGAAUUAGUAGAAUAAUGUGUUUAUUGUGGUUGGUUAUUUUAACAGUGGUUGGAGGAGUGUACUCUGAACAAAACAUAACGGUCGUGCGCAUGCGAUUGGAUUUUGACUUGGAGCACCAACUGACGGUUGACAACACGGUCGAGUUCAUCCUAAUCUUCGCACCGAACACCUCUGACGCAGAGUUUCCUAGUCGUGUGUGGGUGAGCAGCGUCGGCGGCGAUUUGAGCCGGCCGGUGCUCAUCACAUACCGACAGAGUGCAGGUGCGGGAACGUGGCAGCUGCCGUACGAGUCACGAGAUAAGGUCCAGCAUGAGUUCGAACGCACGCUAUGCCCAGAUGGUAGGGCUGGCACAAACGCCUCCCACUGCGAUGACCCCGAAACACAGGAAACCCGGGGCGAGUUUUCCCUCCACGUGGUGUCAGGGUGCGUACACGGCGUGCAACUGCGCUUGCGCGUGACGUCUGCACGUGAUUGGUUCCUCACCUUUGGGGGAGUGAAACCUGUCUACAUCACGCUGACGUCGUCGCGGGUACACUACUACAGGUUCAGUGCGGACGAAACGAGCGUGCAGCUCGUGAUAACGUCCAAUGAUGACGUGUGUGCCACCGUUGCCAUACAAAACGUCACUUGCCCAAUCGGCGAGAGCUUGGAGGACUCCCAGAGCUGGUCGCAGCGGAUGACGGUGCAACGUUCUGGCGCCGCACAACUUUCGCGUACAAGCUACCCGCUAGGUUUCUACGUAAUCACAAUAGUGCAGGACAGUGAUGAGCCUUGCACGGGCGAGGCUGAUCAGCCCCAGGAUUGGCUGUGGCAGGAGGUCAUUGGGGACUUCCCCGUGCCGAGAGAACCACUGCCCCGGCUGAAGGCGCUCGACAUCGAGAUCAAGGUGUCGCUAACGCGCCGACAGUAUGUAGUGGCCAUAGUGGUGACGCUGGCGGUGUUCCUGGGGUUCUACGUGGCCUUCCUCCUGCUGGUGCUGGCGCAGCGCUGGGCGCCCUUCGCCAGGACGGUCAGCCCCAGGGCUGUGCUUGCCGCAGAUAUUCCGAACGAAAGUCAGACUGUGUCAGACUGUGUAGACGGUGGGCAGAGGCGGCGACGCGACUCUACUGCGACAUUUGACAGCAGCGACUUGAGUGACUCCGAUGAAGAGGAUCCGACUCCGGCCACGAGGACCACCAAUGUGUCCCCCGCCUCCCCUGCGUCCCCCGCGUCCCCUGUGUCCCCCGCCUCCCCUGCGUCCCCCGCCUCCCCUGCGUCCCCCGCCUCCCCUGCGUCCCCCGCGUCCCCCGCCUCCCCUGCGAGCCCUGAGUCUCGAGACACGGUGGACGGCCCCGGACUAAAUGGAGUAAGGUUUCAGGAGACUGUGGCGGGACACACCCAAACUGAGGGCGACGCAGCGGCGCCGCCGUUCGGCCUGCCGGCGCAGCUGCGGCUGGCCGCACUGUCGCGUCGCCGCGGCCGCGUGCUGCGCGCGCGCUCGGACCGCUACCUGCAGACGCUGUACACUGUCGCCGUCUUCUACGCGCUGCCCGUCGUACAGUUCGUCGCUGCCUUCCAAUUGUUCUUCAACGUUUCCGGCACACUAGACACGUGUUACUACAACUUCCUGUGCGCGCACCCGGCGGGGCAGCUGUCAGACUUCAACCACGUGUUCAGCAACGUCGGCUACCUGCUGCUGGGCGCGUUGUUCCUGCUUCAAGUGCGGCGGCGGCGGCGGGCGAGGAAACUACACCCGAGACAUGAGGAGUACGGUAUCCCAGCGCACUACGGUCUGCUGGAAGCGCUGGGGGUGGGCAUGAUGGUGGUAGCGCUGCUGUCGGCCAGCUACCACGUGUGCCCCAACCAGCUCAACUUCCAGUUCGACACGGCGUUCAUGUACGUGCUGUCGGUGCUGAGCAUGGUGAAGAUCUACCAGGCGCGCCAUCCCGACGUCAGCGCGCGCGCGCACGCCAGCUUCGGCGUGCUGGCCGCGCUCAUCGCGCUCGUGGUGUGGGGGGUGCUGGGCGGCGGGCCGCUGUUCUGGGGGCUGUUCACGGUUCUGCACGUGUUCGGGUUCCUGCUGCUGUCGCUGCGGAUAUACUACCUCGGACAGUUCCGCUUCGAGAAGCAGGUGCUGCAGUCGGCGACGCAGCUAUCGAAGCGGCCGCUGUACAUGCCGCGCCUCGUGUCUCUCCUUGUGGCCAAUGCCGUCAACUGGGCCUUCGCACUCUAUGGAUUAUUCACGCAAGGUGAUGACUUCGCCGGCCACCUGUUGACGCUGUUGCUGGCCAACACGCUGCUGCACCUGACGUACUACCUCGCCAUGAAGCUGCUCAAUGGCGAGCGCCCAAGAUGGUACUUCUGGUGCUACCUGGUGGGGGCGGCGGGCGCGUGGGCGCCGGCCCUGUACUUCUUCCUGUCGGGCAGCACGGACUGGUCGGCCACGCCCGCGCACAGCCGCCAUCUCAACCACGAGUGCCGCGUGCUGCACUUCUACGACUCCCACGACCUGUGGCACUUCCUGUCGGCCGCGGCGCUCUAUCUCACCUUCUGUGUGUUCCUCACGUGGGACGACGGACUGUCCGCUGUCAAGCGCACCGACAUUGCCGUCUUUUGACUUUUUUGACUUGUACUUGUGUAUUUAUUUUUAAUUAAUUGUAAUAAAAUGUGUUAAGUAUAAGGUAAA